CUUUAACUGACGACAAACAUGGCGCCGAGCCGUGCUCCCGAUGUGUAUGGUCGCGCUCGGUGUUUAAUGUGUCCACUUGUGAUCGCGCUAGUUUCGCUCCUUCAUUCGAGUGCAGUGAGUGGGAGUGACGCAUCUUUCCCCGUGGCCAAGUAUUUGGACUACAAUGCGACCACAACUUUCUUGCACGAACUCGCCAGCAAGCAUCGGUCGCUAGCGUCUGUUUACAGCAUCGGCAAGAGUGUGAAGGGGCGCGAGCUAUGGGCGCUGAAAAUCACCACCGAUGUCCACGUACGGAGCAUCGGCAAGCCUCUGUUCAGGUACACGGCCAACAUCCAUGGCAACGAGGCACUGGGGCGCCAGCUGCUCUUGUAUCUUGUGGAAUACAUGUUGGAAAACUAUGGCACCGACAGCCGCAUCACACGGCUCGUCAACAACACAGAAUUGCAUUUCUGCCCAUCGCUUAACCCGGACGGAUACGCGAAUGCAAGCGAAGGUGACUGCGAGGGAGCCAGUCGAGACUCGGGUCGCUUUAACAGCCAUACUGUGGACUUGAACGGUAACUUCCCAGGUAGCGAAACCGACUUGACAACGGUGGCAGUGGGCAGAGAGCCGGAGACCUUAGCUAUCAUGAAAUGGUCAGUUCUCAAUCCUUUCGUUCUUUCGGGAAGUCUGCACAGCGGACUGGUCGUUGCCGUGUACCCGUAUGAUUUCCGCUCGCCCGAAGCGCCGAUGGACAGCCCCAACCUGACCCCCGAUGACGACGUGUUUCGACAUCUGGCGGGUACCUACGCGAGGACCCACAGUGACAUGUUUCGAAGCCCUCAGUGCCAGGAGUAUUUUGACGGCGGAAUCACCAACGGUGCCGAAUGGAUUCCUGUGUCAGGGAGCAUGCAGGAUUUCAGCUACAUCUACACAAAUUGCUAUGAAGUCACCCUAGAGAUAUCCUGUUGCAAGUAUCCAAUGGCAAACACGCUUGUCAGCGAAUGGGAAAAAAAUAAAAAUGCCCUCUUGAGCUACAUGGAACAGGUUCACAUGGGUGUGAAAGGAGUAGUAAAAGAAUUUGGCUCAGGCAAGGCUGUUCCUAAAGCUACGGUCAUCGUGCAAGGCAUCGACCACAACAUAACCACUACAGAAAGAGGAGAGUUUUGGAGGCUUCUGCUUCCUGGCCACUAUGCUCUCCAUGUGUCCAGCCCAGGGUAUGAGAGCACUGUGAGGCACAAUAUCACUGUGAUGACUGGAGCUGCGACAUGGGUAGAUGUCAUUCUCACACCGGUGCCAUCCACCUCCAAACCGCCCAAACAGCAUGCUCCUCUCGAUACAGACUUUGUGUUUCCCACCAAACCCGAGUUCAAGCACCACAGCCACGAGGAACUGGUUGCCAUCUUCACAAACGUUACCAAGAAAUGUCCCACCAUCACUCGACUCUUCAGCAUUGGCAAAUCUGUGGAGGACAGAGACCUCUACUUCCUUGAGAUUAGUGACAAUCCUGGUCAUCAUGAACCAGGUGAACCAGAGUUCAAGUAUAUUGCGAAUAUUCAUGGCAAUGAGGUGGUUGGUCGUGAAGCUGUUCUGCUGUUGGCACAGCUCCUCUGUGAGCAGUAUGGCAAGUCUCACCGCUUGACAACUCUUGUGAACAACACACGCAUCUUCCUAAUGGCCUCAAUGAACCCUGAUGGCUAUGAAAGGGCCAACCCCGGUGACUACAGCAGUGUAGUGGGCCGAUUCAAUGCUCACAAGGUUGACCUGAACCGCAACUUCCCUGACCAAUAUCAGCCUGAAAAGGCACAUAACCCACGAGAGCCCGAGACAAGGGCCAUGAUUAACUUCAUAGUGGCGCGGCCCAUAGUGCUGUCGGGCAGCCUGCACGGAGGUGCUCUGGUCGCCAACUACCCUUAUGAUGGCAACAAAGAGAAAGUGGAGCGCAUCUACAGUGCCACACCGGAUGACUCCCUCUUCCGGUACCUGGCUCGUGUCUACGCCCGGGCUCAUCCAACCAUGAGUCUAGGAAAGCCUUGUCCAAGAGGACCCAUGGAUGAUGCAUUCAAGGAUGGAAUCACAAACGGAGCAGCAUGGUACAAUGUCUAUGGUGGAAUGCAAGACUUCAACUAUCUGCACAGCAACAGUUAUGAGUUAACAAUUGAAAUGGGCUGCUAUAAGUACCCAGUUGCAUCUGAGUUGCCAAAAUAUUGGGAUGAACACAAGCAUGCACUUGUGGCCUUCAUGGAAAAGGUUCACCAGGGUGUGAAGGGAUUCGUCAAGGACGAGGAUGGGCUGCCAGUGCCCAAUGCCACAGUCCACGUUCUUGGCAUUUAUCAUGACGUACACUCGGCUGUGGACGGAGACUUCUGGCGUCUCCUCAUGCCUGCGACCUACUCUGUCCGAGCUUACGUUGAUGGUUUUCCUCUGCCAGUACAACGGGUAACUGUUGUGGAAGGCAAUGCAACGUGGGUAAAUUUCACCGUUGACCGCCGCUACGCCAAGUGGUCACGGGAGCACGACUUCCUUAUUGGUGAAAAUGGAGAACCCAAGUAUCUGGGUGCUGAUGAACUUACCAACCUGUUGAUGCAGCUGCGCCAAAACUACUCCGACAUUGUUGAGGUCAAGGACAGCUUUGGCCCACCUGGUGAAACUGCCCUCCAAUUCUGCGAAUCACGGUGCCGCAAAAAAAUGAAGCCAGAAGUUGUCCUCAUUGGAGGCCUGAAUGGAGGACGCCCUGCGGGAAGAGAGAUGUUGAUUCGCCUGGCCAGGCACCUUGUCACAGGCUACAAGUUGAGAUCUCAGCGCAUAGUUGACCUGCUGGAGAAAGUGGUGGUGCACAUCGUCCCCUCGGUGGACAAGGCAGGUUUUAGCCACUCCGAGGAGGGCAUAUGCGACUCUCAACUCUCGGAAGAGCUAAAUAUGGAGGACCACUUCGGCAGCGAGUUCAAUGGCCAGUUCCCCAUUGUGGAAGCCGUCAAAGAGGGUCUGGACGUGUCACACUAUGUGGCAGGUCUUGUCCUCGACACAGGAGGUGUUGGUGUCAGACUUCCUAAUUGCGCUAAUGAUACAAAUAGUGGCCUGCUGGACAACAUGACUAUGGAUGGCCUCAUAGCUGGCUUCCACAAGUACAUACCUCUGUCCAAGUGUGGAAAAGAGCUGAGACCUGUUCAAGAUGGCUCUUUGCUCCAUUAUGCCUACACCAAGCAUGGCACUCUAAUGGCAUCUGUGCUUCUGGAUUGCUGCGACUUCCCUGCCAGAAAGGAAAUUCCCAAACUUUGGAUGCACACACUGCACCCACUUCUUGAAUUCCUGGAGGCUGCAAAGACAAGCAUCCAUGGCAGUGUUACCGAUGAGUAUGGAACAACACUCACGAAGGCAACAGUCGGCGUACAUACAAGCAAACGUCCUAUCGAAACGACCAGCGGUGCUUUCUGUCUUGCUGUACCUCCUGGAAAGGUGGUGCUCACAGCGUCUGCUAGUGAGUUUGAGAUGAGGGUGGAGCGGGUGACGGUGUUGGCGGGCGAGGGGACCAGCCUCGUGCUGGUACUUGAGCCGGACACAUACGAGCGCAAGUACCACAGCUACACUGAGGCCCUGCAGCUGCUCAGAUACAUUGCCCACAAGUAUCCCAACACCACCUACCUCUACAGCCUGGGCAGCAGUGCAGGCGGGCGGGACCUGCCUGCCCUGGUGCUGGGUGCUACCCCCCGGGUGCACCGGCCGGGCGUCCCCGAGAUACGGCUGCAGGCCGGCCUGGCCGGGGGCUUCCAGCUGGCUGCCUCCGAGAUGCUCCUCCACUUGGCCCACACACUGGCCACCCGCUACAAGCACAACAGCCUCAUCACGCAGAUUAUGGCUUCUGCCAGAAUUCACAUCGCCCCAAUACUUGAUCCUGAUGGCAUCACCAACUCGUCUGUUGGAAAAUGUGAUGCAAAUGAAGCCACCCCUAGUGGCAGCAAUUUGUUCUAUAUGUUUGAUGGAAGCAGUUCACGUCCGGAGGUUCGAGCUGUGCAACAGUGGACACAACGGUACCACUUUGUCACUUCGCUCCACAUGUUGACUGGUGGCUUGGCACUAGCACUGCCCAGAGGUGCUGGUGCCAUCGACAUGGCAGUGCUCAGAAAAUUGGCCAAGACUUAUGCGUAUCACAAUGAUGACAUGCUUAACGGGGCCUUUGCCUGUGGGAAAAAGAGCUACAACUCAUCUGAUGGAAUUUUGUCCGAUUCAGCUGACCUAGGACACCUGAAUGGUUCUGUGAUGGACUUCAGCUACAGAGAGACUGGAACCUAUGAGACAGCAGCCUUCAUUUCCUGCUGUCCAGCACCUAACAUUAGCGAGUUUUCUGCUCUCUGGGUUCAGAACAAGCAGUCAAUACUCAACUACCUGCUCCAGGCCACGCAAGGGCUGGUAGGUUACGUGCGUACCAAGAGCCGCGAUCCCGUUUCUGGUGCUAACAUCAGCAUUGAGGGGCAGCCUCUGCAUAGGCCAAGUACCAAGCUAGGCGAGUUCUGGGUUCCAUUGGGAGAGGGAAGCUACCAGGUGGUGAUCAGCGCCCCCGACUUCUACACCAUGACCAAGAUUGUGGAAGUUUAUGCUGGUCGUAGCACAACGGUUGAGUUCCUUCUGCAAGAGAACAUUGUGAUUGCUGGCCUACCAAAACAUGUAUUUGUUGUUCUUACAGGUUCUCUGGUGCUGCUGCUGAUGGUGAGUGCCCUGUGUCUGUACACUGUGGUGAUGAGCCAGCGACAGCCUGAGAGAGCAGGCUUCAUGCCUGUGCAAAGCAAUGGGGGAACAUUGUUUGACGAUGACGACGAUGACGAUGGGAUAGGACAACAGAAGAGGCGCAAAAGUGCCAGCAACAGUGCCUCUGGUGGCGGUGUGCACAGCAAGUUGCUCAAGGCGGCAGAGUACCAUGAUGACACUUCCUCUGAGGAUGAAAUCUACAACACCCGCAACUGGAAAAGCAGCGCAAAGUCGAUCUAACCUGUGCUCAGGGCAUUGACGUUCGAAGACCCCCUUGUCACCAUCUCUCUGGUGCUGAUGGAGCUUCCAGACUACCAGUGUGCUCACCGAGGUGGCAGCAAGGAGCCUAACGAAAUGCCCGAAUGCCGCCUGCUCAGCUACCAUAGGCAGAGACUUUCUCCGUGAUUUUGACAGCCGGAUGCUUCCAGAGCUUUGCUGCAUUUUAAUAUUUACUUACUAUUGAAAGGAAGGAAGUGGAAGCAGUGUGGUGUGCAACCUUGGAGCCUGCUUGCACAAACAGUGAGAGAGGAAAUUGAACGGCGCAUGGUAAUGCAGAGCAAAAAUUUGCUGCAUGUACAGGUGCUUGCAUAAUAAGUAUUAAGCCACGAACUGCAUCCUAGAACUGGAAAGCUCUCUGCAUGCACCUCUAAAGUGCAGAGCGCAAAUUUUCUUUGCCAGUGGCAUGCUUAGGCUGUGUAAAAAUUUGGAUCUUCCGUGGCAUCACACAAUAAAAAAAGGGAAAGAAAACAAAAAAAGUCAGCAGCUGUACAUGUGUCUGCAGGUAUGGUGAAGAUAGCUUCCAUAUGUGGCAAUUGUCCUUUUGCUAAAUUAUUUUUGGAAGCAGGCUUCCAGGAACAGGUUGCUUGGGCAAAACCAAACAAAUAUGGUGCUUCUGGUUUCAUUCCAUCUGCUGCCAUAAACACACUACAAGCACGGUGCACGCGAGGGGGUCAGGUGAAUGGACACGAAACUGAGCACUGCCAGUACUUCAGCAGAGGUUUAAGCCCUGGACAUUGUUGUUUUCCAGAGAACUAGUGACAAGCACUUACGCAGCCAUGAUACCUUAACUGAAUGACAGUGGCAAGAGAAUUCUGUUGUGUACUGGUAAUGAACAGCUGUAAAUUGAAUUGUGUAGGUUUAUGUUGAACAAACAAGUGUAUUAGAUCAGUUUCCGACAUUUGAAUAUACAGCUGUCAACAAUUCAUACCAAGGUUGUUUGGGAAGUGUUGGCAUAUUUUAACACUUUUUACAAUGGUGCAAUCACUUUUAUUUGUAACCUUGUUUUACACUCCUUCCUCUGUAUUUUUGGACCUGUGCUACUUUUUGAUGAUGGUUAGCAGCAACUUGACUUUACUGCUAGCUGGUGAGGCCAUUGUGAUGAUACUAACUGGGGGAGCCACCUCUGUGGCACUGCUUCUUUCACAUCUAUAUGCCUGUAGGAGAAUUUGUUGGGUGAUGUUUCAGAGCAGCCGCACUCCAUUCCACGUGAUAUAGCAUCUAAUAUAUUUGAGACACUUGUGCAACUAAAGCAAAAUUUCCAGUUAUUGUGUAUCCAGUGGAGUGCUUGACUGUGUACAUAGAAAGUUGUGCAUGUCUGCACAUCAUAUGUGCAGCAAAAGCAAAAAAGAAAAAAAGAAAAAAAAAACACAUUUUACAAUGUUUUAGUGAACAGUUACAAUAUGUGCAGUGGCCUUAUUUCAGUGUACGACUACUGUGAUUGCACCCACUCCCAAGAAUGGUUCCUGCUAGGAGCAUAUUUGUUGAGGUUUCCUUGUACACGUUAUCAGCCAGACUUCUGUCUAUUAAGUCAGCGGAAUGAGUUCUUUGGCUUUGUUGUGCAAAUUUUGUAGACCAUAUGCAUAUUUUCAUGUAGGCCAUAUUCUGCAGUGUAUAUUGUGAAAUAGUCAAACCUUGAUAUAAUGAAGUAUUUAACUUUGUGUAAGUUUUUUUUCCCAUAGAACACUAUGUAGUUAGAAUCUCAAUAUAAUGAAGUGUGUUUAUACACAAUUUCAUUAUAAUGAAAUUUCAAUGUCGCUGCGAAGGAAUACCAAGGAAUACAGAGACAAUAAAUGGAAACUCACAGGGACGCAGAUGAUCAAAUUACAACCGGCUGUUUGCGAACGCAUGUCUCAAAUUGCGUGGCAUGCAAUCAAGAGCGACCACUGAAGCGUAGCAGUGUCAUGUUUCGUAUAAGUCCAACUGCUAUUAGAUCCUAUCGCAUCCUGCGCUGUAUGCUUUAAGUGCAAGUUAAGUGUGCGUGGGUGAGCCGAGUAGAAUGGUGUUUUGACGAGUGCCUUCUUUGCGUGCGAGCAAGGUAACGGUAAUGCGCCCAAGCCCGCAUGAGGGGCUGUUCAAACGCAACCCAGAUGCCGUUUUAGAGGUAAUCUGCCCCAUGUGAGAAAAGUGGGCGUGCCGAGAUGGCGUGUCAUCAUAUACUGGAGGUUGCGUAAUCUUGAGUUUAGGAUUUCUUGAAGUGAGGCGAAGGUGAAGCAUUAGCUUCCCACUGCUGCCGCUUCUCACAAUAGUGUCAUUCCACUGCAGACAACGCUAUCAGCCACGGAGCAAAGGCGUAGCUGGCUUCACUUCGUAGUGCCGACCGAUGUGAAGAUAUCCUCGACAUGGCAUGAAAUUUCACAACCGCUUCAGUGUAAUAAAAAUCCAUCGGCGACUGUACUUAGUCGUUUAAAAGGUCAAUUUUCAGUAUAACGAAGCAUGUUGCCGAUUUUACUGACUUCAUUAUAUUGAGGUUUAAAUGUACUGUAUUUGCAUGAAUAUAAGACAGCCGUGAAUACGAGGGGGGUCAUUUGACAACUUCCGAAGAUUAAAAAAAUUAUUGCAGUUGGUUGCAUUGCUGUAGUUGAGCUUUUAACUAAAAUUAAUGUUUUACCACUGCGUGAUAUUUGCUGUACCGGAGCUACAUUGUGACAAUAGAUCACCACUUGCAUAACACAUUUUGACAAAACAUGACACAUGGCAAUGAGGGGGGUUGGACCCCCCCCCCCCCCCUGGCUACGCCAAUAACAAGCGUGCAUUAAGCUAUUGGACUGCUCUGAGUGGGUCUUCGCUUUUGUGCACUUGCAUCUAUGCAAGUGUGCAAUUGCCUUUAGAAAGUGUGAGGUUUUCGUUUCUGCAAAACUCAUUUGCCUGGUGGUUGAGCUCACUGCAUUUAGUAGUGCUAGUUGCACAGCCGUGCUUUCUCAGCUCAGUAAGUACACACACACAUACAAAGGCUGUUAUAUUCAUGUAACUGCAGUACUAAUGCACAACCACUUGAGUUAGCUAUUAUUGUACAAUUAAGUUCUGUAUUUGAUUCUGGCCAGGUUUUUUAAGUUGUGCUUGACUUCAUUGUGCUAUGGUCAUGUCAAAGUUCAGCCCCAAUACAGGCUGCAUAAUAACCAUAGAUUACACUUAAUUACCAUGUAAUGCCUCACCAUGCCCAUUCAAAUAGUGCCAAAGCCAAAGGGUCAUUUUUGCUGAAUCUAACUUGUCCUAUUUUCUGUAUUUUAUAUGAGACGCUCAAACACUUUAUGUAUAGGGGUUGACAUGGUCCUAUGUGAAAUGCACAUAACUAUUGAGCGAGUUAGUUUUCAUACAGCAAAUAGCCAUAUUGGCCAGUAAUCCAAUUUUUUGGGUUGGGUUGUGCUGUUGGGGAGGUUGCACGUCUUUCAAGCGUACUUAGCAAACUGUACUGUUGUCAUGUUGCAUGUUACAUAGAAAAAUUUCCAGACACAUACAUCCUAAAGCAACCAAAGUUCAUGCAUAACGCCCAAUGGUGUCUUUCUCUUAGUUUGCCUCACUCUGCUGCUCAGUCACGAGACUUGUUCAAAUGUUACCCAGUCUGUUUUACCCGGGAUGUACCGCACAUCAAGUAUGUAACAGAAGAUUGUCUAUUGUGGGAUGUGUGUGUGCAAGUGUGUACAUGUUACUUGUUUUGGGAGCAGUCUAUUCACAGGAUCUUGACAGAGCUUUCCAUUGUAGUGCUUGCAGAUGUGAGAAACAGAAUGCUGUGUAGAGAUUGCUGCAUACAGUCCAUUUGUACACUGUUUCCCUGUACCUAGCAGGGGCGAAGGACAGCAAUAGUUUUAGUGCAAUAGCUGCUGCCUUAUAAGGCAGCCUGUUGUAUAUUUAACUUCAGGAAUUUGGUGUGGGAGCUGCAAAUGCAUUACUAUAAGGUCCUUGAGCAAUUAAACAAAAUUUUAAAGUUCAGUUUGCAUACACUGAAUGGCAGCUGUCCUCUGCUAGCAUUUCAGCUUCACACAUCUACUACUGCACCCACCCUGUGUCAUUGUCAUGUCUUCCAAGAAACAAAGUUGAACACAUUGUUGACAUUCAUUUCCUCUUGUAACAACAACAAAAAAAAGAACUAAGUGUGCUCAGACGAGGAAAAAUUGCAACUACUCUCCUCUAGUCAUUCUCAUGCAGAAAUAAAGAGAAUCAAAACACCUUC